CGAAUCUCAUUCUUCAUUUUUCCUCCCCCCUUCUCUCUCUCUCUCUCUCUCUCUUGCUCGCUCACUCACACACCUCAGCAAAACUUGUUCUUCUUCUUCUUUCAAAAAAAUCUAACACAAUGAGCUUCUUCAUCGAAGAAUCUGGUCUCAUAGUCACUCAACUCCUCUACAAAAUGGCUGUUCUCAUCACCGUCCUCAGAUGGAUCUUCGCUUGGAUCUUACGCUACCGAUCCAGAUCUAGAUCCACCGCUUCUUCUUCUUCUCCAUCUUGUCCUACGAUUUCGUCACAGGCGAUCAAAGAAAGCCUCUCCGUGACAACGUUCCGUGACGCGGCGGAGAGAUCUCCGGCGAUGAUCAACGAUACCUGCGCUGUUUGUCUCGGAGAUCUUGAAGACGGAGACGAGGUUAGAGAGCUAAGGAAUUGUAGCCAUAUGUUUCACCGCGAGUGUAUUGACCGGUGGUUGGAUUACGAGUGUUGCGGAGGAGGAGAUGAAAGCAACGAAGGUGAGGAAGAUAACCACAGGAAGUGUCCUCUUUGUAGAACUCCGCUUCUUGCUGCUAAUACGACGUCGUGCGGUGAUUGGCCUGCUAAGAACGAACCUAGCUGGGCUGUUGAACGUCUUCUUUACCUCUUCGGCGAUGAUCUUCUCGUCUGAUUUUUACUUUUUUUUUUUUUU